UUUAGAGAGAAAAAAGUCUAAAACAUUGGCUAAUUUUCGUGGAUACUGAAAUACAGACUAGGUCAAGGGAGACUGCAGAGCUUAUAAAAGCGAUGUGUGAUCGUUCACUGCAACGUAAGCUACUCAAAUACUAAUUUUGAAGUCCCAACCUUUCCCGCUAGGUGUCAGUCAACGAGCCAGCUCCAUAGUGCGCCUGCGUCACUCUCCGAGGAGUGGUUGCUAGGAAACCGCGACGCUGUGGUCCCUGACUUUGAGUCCUCGCUUGAUCAUGGCCAAAUUUGUGAUUGCCGGUAAAGCAGAUUGUCCAUAUUAUGCUAAAGCAGAACUUCUGGCAGACUACUUACAAAAGAAUCUACCUGAUUUUCAAAUAUUUAAAAUUACACAACAUCCUGAUGUUUGGGAGGACUGGCUGAAAGAUGUGUGUGAAAAGAAUAAAUGGAGUCACAAAAACUCCCCCAUCAUCUGGAGAGAGCUGCUGGAUCGUGGAGGAAAGGGUUUGCUCUUGGGAGGGUAUAAUGAGUUCCUGGAGCAUGCUCAGCUUUACUAUGGUGUCACCUCGAGCAUGACUACAGAGAUGAUGAUGGUAAUUGCUCAAGAGAACCUGGAGGCACAUAAAGAAAAAGAGCUGAAGAAAGAAUCCUCAAAAGAUCUUGUCAGCCCCUUACAAGUUUGGAUUACCAGCGCAUCCACUCCUGCGGGCCGCAGCCUGAUUCCCAUACUGGUAAGCGGAGAAGUGUUUGGGAGCGGCACGGUCCUGAGCCUCACUCUGUUCGACCAGCAGCGGGCGGAAGGAGAUCUCAGAAGCCUGGCGAUGGAGGUGGAGGACUUGGCCUCGCCCUUGCUGCGCAGCGUGGCGGUCUGCACGCGGCCGGAGGAGGCCUUCCGCCAGGCGCAAGUGGUCAUCCUGCUGGACGACAGCACAGAGCAGGAGGUGCACAGCCUGGAAGACUGCCUGCGACAGAGGGUGCCCCUGUGCAGCCUCUACGGGCAGCUGAUGGAGAGAAACGCACAGGACUCCGUCCGGGUGAUCGUGGGGGGAAAGACCUUCGUGAAUCUGAGGACGCUGCUGCUGAAAAGAUUCGCCCCAAGCAUCGCACACAAUAUCAUCGCUGUGGCCCUCGGGGUAGAAGGAGCAGCCAAAGCUGUAUUAGCCAGAAAAUUGAAAACCGCUCCCUCCUGCAUCAAGAAUGUGAUUAUUUGGGGUAGUAUCUCUGGAAGUCAUUACGUUGAUCUGAGGAAAGCAAGAGCUUACAAACAGGAGAGUGCCAUUUGGGGACCUCCUCAAUAUUCCCGCCCUGUUCUAAACUUGAUUUUUGAUAGUGAGUGGCUAAAAAAAGAAUUUGUGACAACUCUUAAAACUUUGACCACCACAGGAAAACAUUUUGGCGGCAUAUUAGCUGCACACAGCAUAGGCACAACGCUGAAAUAUUGGUACCAUGGCUCACCACCAGGGGAGAUUGUGUCUGUAGGAGUAUUGAGUGAAGGCCAGUUUGGUAUUCCUGAAGGGAUUGUCUUUUCUAUGCCUGUGAAAUUUGAGAAUGGAACUUGGGCAGUUCUUACAGAUCUCGAAGAUACUGAAAUUAGUAAAGACAUAAUGACAGGAAUGACAAGUGAUCUAAUUCAGGAAAAACUUGUUGCACUUGGAGAAUUGAUGACUUUUCAGCCAUACCAGUCAGAAACUGAAGUAGCCAAAAGAGAUGAAGAAAUUUUCUCCAUCUCUGAAGAUCACCAGGAAGAAUGCAGACUUUCAAAUGACCUUGAAGGCAAAACUGCAAGACACUAACAGAUGCAGUUGGACCAAAUCUAAGGUUAUUUGGCAAUAUAAUAAAUACAGAGAGAUCUACAAAUAGCUGUAUUUAGGGAAGAAUAACUUUGAAGAUUUACUGCAGCCUCAGAUAAUAUUAUGCUAAACAAUUAAAUAUUUUUGUGACAACAAAAAGAAUUCAAUCAUUUUAUGUUGCCUGUAUUCAC